AUGCUGCUUUACAUCCUCAGCAAGCUAUGCCCUGACCACCCAACCCGGAAGAGCAGACUACAACCUUUCCAAUGGCAACGGUUGACUGGCUUAUACGUGAACCAUCGCGGUGGAGAUUGUGGUCCCGUUGCCGUCAAAUUUAUGGAGAUGCAUCUCAACAAUGACCCACACCCGGGCAUGGCUGGCUUGACCGACAAGAUGGUGAAUGAGUUCCGCAAGAAAUGGGCAAUGGAGAUAUAUAAAGACGCGGUCAUUCCUCUCUAUUUCCCACAGUAA